ACACAUCUGCAAUUUUGCUAAUUUUCUAUGUAAUGCGGAAUCAAAUUGGAACAAAAAAAAUCUUCAGAGAACAGAUGAUGAACAGGAAGGAAGCUCUCUUCUCUGCCAAUAAGAAGUGAAAGGAGCAGGUCUGGGCUCACUUCAUUUGUCUCCUGAGUCCGUCUGGGGAUGGGGUCUGGUCCAGGCUCCUGGUUCUGGCAGGUGGUCCUGCUUCAGCUGCUGCUCUCGGGCCUUUGCACAGACGGAUACCGGCCUGUGGUCAUCGUUCACGGCCUCUUCGAUGGACCCAAACAGUUCAGGACGCUGACUUUUCUCAUAAGCAAGGUUCAUCCAGGAACUGAGGUGUUGUUCAUUAACCUUUACGAUGGUUUGUUCAGUUUACGGCCGCUGUGGAAGCAGGUCCAAGACUUCAGGCAGGAGGUCGAGCCCAUCAUGAAGAAAGCUCCAGAUGGCAUCCAUCUCCUCUGCUUUUCACAAGGUGGUUUGAUUUGCAGAGCACUUCUUUCAACGAUGGCCGACCACAACGUCCAUAACUUCAUCGCUCUGUCGUCACCAUUGGCUGGACAGUAUGGAGACACAGACUAUCUGCGCUGGCUGUUUCCUAAAUACAUGAAGAAGACCAUUUUCCAUAUCUGCUAUAGUAAAGCUGGACAGUGUUUCUCCAUUUGCAACUAUUGGAAUGACCCCCAUCAAAGAGACCGUUAUUUACACAGCAACACCUUUCUGGCUCUUCUUAAUGGUGAUGCUCCUCAUGCAGAGAUGAAAGUGUGGAGGGAGAACUUUCUGCACAUCAAGAAACUCGUGCUGAUUGGUGGACCAGACGACGGUGUCGUCACACCGUGGCAGUCCAGCCUCUUUGGGUUUUAUGACAGCAGUGAAAAUAUAGUUGAAAUGAGGAACCAGGAGUUUUACAGGAACGACACAUUUGGGUUGAAGACACUAGAAGCUCGAGGAGACAUAUCAGUGUGUGUUCACUCUGGAGUUCAUCACACUAAAUGGCAUUCCAACCAGACGGUGUUCAAUACCUGCUUAGAGAAGUGGCUCACGUGAAAACAUGAAAACAUGAUUAUGAGAUACGUCAAUAUUAAUCUGAAAGAGGCGCAAAAUAUAAUGAAGAUAUUUACCUGUCUGGGAUUAUUAUGUUGCUAAGAUGUUGCUACUUAGAUAUGCAGAAAAUAAGCAAAAGACGACACAGCUCUACCUCCACAGUAAUAUGUCUGAUUAUUUUAUUCAGCUCUAUUUCUUCAUAUUUUAUUCUUUUAUUGAGGAAAAACAUCCUCUUUUUCUUAUGUUAUUCAUCUGAUUGAUUGAUACAUCAGAAUUUCCAUUUUAAAAAAUCCUGUGUCAUUGUUUUACGGUUAAAAUUUUUACCAAAACAUAAUUAAAACACAACAUUUUGGAUAACUUUAAUAUCUGGUCUAUGAUCUGAAAUGUUGUUGAGAUUCCCUGAAAUUCUGUGUUAUUUUAGACUAAUUUCAGACAUGAGCCAUGCUGUGUUUUCUCGAAUGUUGUUUUUGUUAAAAAUUUGCAACUACUUUUGCUGAGAAGGACAAAAUCAUGAAGCAUUGCAGCUUGGAGUCUGGAGCCAAAGUUUCAUCACAAUGUUCCUGCAGGGUCUUACAUUCUUGAAUUUACAAAUCUGCAUUUAAUACCUUAAAAAGUCUUUAAAAGGUAUUAAAUUUGGUAUGAUAGGUCUUAAGUUAUGUUCCCAUAAACAAUUUUGCUGUAUUGUCUUUAAAUGUGUCUGUGAAAUGUCCAAGCUGCAAAAAAAAAUAACAUUAGUCAACUCAGUUUCACCUGUUCCAACCUGACAAUUUAUGUUGAAAUUAGGAACCAGUUAUGGCUAACUUUGCAGCCUCCAGUGAGGAAUAAUCACAGAACAUUCAGUUAUGUCUGCAGUAUGUACUGUAUGUAAUAUUCAGUCUCUGCUGAUGUAAAUAAAUACGUUUUCCUAAAUUCUUGGAGUCACAAGUUACUGCCAGUAUGGCUGGGAAAUGGGCAUUAAAUUCUGUUGUAAGAAGUCUUAAAACGGUAUUAAAAAGUCUUAAAUUUAACUUGUAGAAACCUGUAGGAACCCUGCA